AUGGCAGCUCGUAUGGAGUUGCCAUUUCUCUACCAUACCCGGACCAUCCUGCGCUUACCAAAGAGAACUUGCCGCCUACGUCCACGAUUUGCGUCAUCUCAAGUGGGUUCAGAUGUCCCAGUCGAAGAUGGCAAAGCUCCCCUUUCCCCGGCCGAGGACGAGUCUUUUCUCAAAGCAAAAGCCCGAAGCGUCACUUGGUCUCCAAUAGCAUCUGAUUCCACCUCCAGCAACGCCGAAACAACAAUCAGCUCUACCAUCACCGCAAGCGAGCGCAGAGCCUUUGAGACAAUACUCCGGUUUGCCCCUAAACAGACCGAACCGACCCUCUCAAAGCGACGCAAGGCUUAUGCAGAUGCUGCCGACACUGACAUUGAGAAUAUUCUCAACAUAUUCACUUCUUCUCUGCGGAGCCAUCGGUUUGGGCGGGAUGGGUCUCACCUUGCUCAAAAGCCUGAUGGCGAUGUCGCGCAUCAGGAUGUCGUCGGAGACCAAUCCAACCUUGAAACGCCCGGGGAACAAGCGCAAACCACGCAGCCUGUCCUUUCCCCAUUAGAGCAGUCUAGGGCCAGAUUAACGGAGGAACAUGACCGGGAUUUGACAGACCAGCUGAGUCGAAAUGCCAAGGAAGACAGUCCCGAGAACCUCUCCGUGACUCUGCAGACCAAGGCAACAAGCACUGCUGGGCAUUCGGGUGUGCAAGCGCCAAAAGUGGCGGAUUUUCCAGGUCUCUCCGAACUACAAGAAGAAGAAGGAGAUAUCCUCGCCGAGACCGCCAUUCCAUCUCGCCCCUUCAGCCAAGUCGAUGGAUCCAUCCAAAAUGCCGUUCGUGACCAUUUGCACUCGAUAUCCCGCGCCCUCCAAGAGGCAGCGCAUUCGAAGACCAAGAAGGGCGACAUUGCCAUGUGGGAAGUCUGCGAGUCUCGAAUAUUCGCCAUGGCCAGGGACUUGCAACAACCCCGGCCAGGUGGUCAGGCACUCAGCAACGACAUGGAGAAGCUGCCGAGAUGCGGUGGGCUGCAAAAGUUCACAUUUUCGCGAGAAAAGUCAGACAACCCAAGGCGACUGAUCGAGGCAGCGGAAAGAGAGCUGCGACGCUCUUCUCCCAGCUCCGGCACCUAUAUUACCGACGACGCCACGACGGACAACACAAUCUCAUCCCCAACACUUUCCGCAACCCAACUCGCCAUCCUCCAGCACACCUACCCGGCCUCCCUCCUCCUCGCCCUCAGACUCUACAUCAACCUCUACCCCUCGUCCCCUUACGCACUGCUCCUCCUACCCCGAAUCCGCUCUUUAGGGACAACAUCGUACGUGCUCGGCGCCAGCCCGCAGUUCUACAACUCGUUGAUGUCCUUGGUCUGGCUGACGCGGAGUUCCUUGAGGGAGGUCGACGGAUUGCUCGCGGAGAUGGAGAGGGGUGGGGUGGAAAUGGACGAGGAGACACAGGCCGUGCUAGGAGGGAUCGAAGAGGAUAGGGCCAUGGAUUUAGUCAGGAAAGGGAAAGGCAGAGGGUCAGCAAAAGAAAAUGGGGACAAAGCACUCGGAGGUAGUCGUGGGGCGGCGUGGUGGAAGAGGCAGGAACAAAUGCUCUGGUUUCCGAGGAUAUUGGACUGGUUGGACAUUGUGGCGGGAAGGCUGGCAGCCAAGGAGAGGCUGGUCUGA